CAGCGAGAAAACAUUUAGUUUAAUUAUUCGCCACUUGGCAACGUUUUAGCUUUAAGUCAAAUUCUCCUUCCAUUGUCUUCGUCUGCUAUUUAAUGAAUGUGCAAAACCACGCGAAUGACACUUCUCUUUUUGUUACCUCUGAACAUAAUUCUACUCUGUGUGUGUUUUAACUUCUGUCAAUCAGUUUUAUAUUGGAUUGGCCUGUCUAUCAGUCUAUGCCUGAUCUGUCCAGAGAGUGUUUGGUUAUCCAACUCACUUGUUCUUGCCCUUGUCCAUUUAUCUGUGGUCCAUGGUCUGGGUGGCAUCUCAGCAUUUUACUCGUGCCAUCCCAGAUACCACUGGUCAAUACCUCUUGCCAUUCGUACUCAUUUACCAUCACCCUGGCAUUUGUCUAUUUGUCACUUGUAUCACUGCGACUCCUAUGCAACACUUGUCAUCAGAAUAUAUCCGAGUGCCUUACAAACACUCUGAGUAAAGUAACGAGGCUCCUUACAAGCACAGCGUCGAAACAGGCUGAGAUAUAUCUUUCCCUGUACCAAAACCUAUAUUUGGUCCAUAAAUGAUACAUUUCAAAGAUAAUGUAGGGGUCGCUGUUUCAUAGAAAAGGUUCCAUGACUACGUGAAAUACUAGUUUUAGCACGUUUUUUUUUCAAACAAAAUAUCCAAAUAUGUUUCAGAAUUAGCUGGCAGUGAAUAAUCUAGUGGAAAAUCUAGUAAUGAGUAAUGAAAAAUACAACAGUAUUG